AUGGCGACUGAAACUGAUAUUGGUGGAAAUCAUAAUGGGCUCAAGAAGAGGGGAUGUGGUUGCACAAAACAAGAUUUCUUACCAGAAAAGUCAUUUCAGAGUUGGACAAGCUAUGUCAAUGCAUUGUCUGACACAAAAUCUAGGCUUAAAGACCGUCUACUGGCACGUUCCAUGGACCACGUAGAGCUAAAUGAAAUGCGAGCUCGUAGCCAGCAUGAAAUGAAGAAAACUCUGAAUUGGUGGGACAUGAUUUGGUUUGGCAUGGGAGCUGUAAUGGGUGCUGGAAUAUUUGUCCUCACUGGCGAAGCUGCUAGGAAUCAUUCGGGUCCUGCUGUUGUGGUUUCUUAUCUUAUUUCAGGUGUGACUGCUCUGAUCUCAGUUUUGUGUUACACUGAAUUCUCUGUUGAAUUGCCUGUUGCGGGAGGGUCAUUUACAUAUCUUAGGGUUGAGCUUGGUGAUUUCAUUGCUUAUAUUGCCGCUGGAAACAUCCUGUUUGAGUAUGCGGUAGCUGGUGCUAGUGUGGCAAGAUCCUGGACUUCUUAUCUAGCUACUUUGUUCAACCGUAACCCCAAUAAUUUUCGCUUUCACGUUUCAUCCUUUUCUGAAGAAUACAGUCAUUUAGACCCUAUUGCGGUCGUUGUUUCAGUACUUGUUUGCAUUGCCGCAUGUAAGAGCACCAAAGGGUCGUCGAGGUUCAAUUCUAUAGCCACCAUUAUCCAUCUAAUAGUUUUGCUUUUCAUUCUCAUUGCUGGUUUAACCAAGGCUAGCCCCAACAAUUUUUCAAAUUUUGCCCCAAAUGGAAUACGUGGUAUUCUGAAAGCUUCCUCCAUUCUCUUCUUUGCUUAUGUGGGGUUUGAUGGAGUAGCAACCCUUGGAGAAGAGGUUAAAAACCCCGGACGAGAUAUUCCGAUCGGCUUAAUAGGCUCCAUGUUGGUUAUCAUAACGGUGUAUUGCCUUCUGGCAGCAACAUUGUCCUUGAUGCAACCAUACUACCAAAUUGAUGUGAAUGCACCAUUUACUUUGGCAUUCAAAGCCGUAGGCAUGAACUGGGCCAACUAUUUUGUUGCAUUAGGUGCAUUGAAAGGCAUGACCACGGUUUUGCUAGCCAACUUACUCGGCCAAGCUCGUUAUUUCACACACAUAGGGCGCACCCAUAUGGCUCCACCAUUUCUUGCAACCAUUAACGAGAGAACAGGAACACCGGUUAACGCUACAAUCGUCAUGACCAUCUUAAAUUCCAUUUUGGGAUUCUUCACAAGCCUUGAAGUGCUGGCAAACCUUCUUUCCUUAGCAACAUUGUUUAUUUUCUCAUUUGUUGCAUUGGCGCUUUUAGUUAGACGGUACUAUGUUCGAGGUGAGACAACUAGCUCUGACAGAAACAAGCUGAUUGGAUUCCUGGUGCUGAUCAUAGGAUCCUCAAUCGCUAGUGCUGCAUAUUGGGCGCUAGGAAAGAAUGGAUGGAUAGGGUAUGCAGUGACAGUCCCAAUUUGGUUCCUUGCAACGCUUGGGCUAAAACUGAUGGCGAAGGAAGCAAAGAAACCAAAGCUAUGGGGGGUGCCACUAGUACCUUGGUUACCAUCAGCUUCUAUCGCCAUUAAUGUGUUCAUCAUGGCCUCAAUCGAUGGGGCGUCGUUUGUGAGAUUUGGAAUCUGGACAUUGCUGUUGCUGGUCUAUUAUAUUUUCAUUGCACUGCAUGCUUCGUAUGAUGCAGCUAAGGAGACUGAAAGAUCAGCUACAGCAGCAAGCCCCGAAACAGAGGCCUAGGGGGAAUUUGUUUAAACUUCUGAGGUCACUUAGAAUGCAACUUGUAUUGGAUCACAUUGCGAAAUUUCAAGGGUUUAUAAUAUAUUUUUUUUGUUGGUCACAUUUUAUUCACUUAAAGUACUUGAUAAACAUUAAACCCAUAUGAUGCAGCUUCAUGAUUGGAUGUAUAGACUUAGCCAGUAACCUUAUUGCGUUAAAAAUAUAAUUUUAUGCCAAGAAUUUCAACUUGAUUUAACUCCAAGUCUAACACACUGAUAUCUAAGAAGAAAAAUUUAUGGUUCUGAAGCAUGGAGUGAGGGUACGGAGCGAAAAGAGUUAUCCAUGUUCAAAA